AUGUUGCGUCGUGUCGCACGUCUCCGCCCGCAGCGGUCCGUCAACGACCGCAGCGCAGCGCUACGGGCACCGAACGUCCGGUUCUCAUCGGCGCCGUCGCUCGACGCGCUCGCCGCGCAGUCGAUGGCCACAGCUUUCCGUCAAUACGGCCACCUGCAGGCGGAACUGGACCCGCUGCAGCUCCAGCCGCGCCCGGCCGUCGCCUGCCUCGCCGUCGAGACCUUUCACGCGCUGCUCGACCGCCCGCUGGUCGCGGCAGAGCUGGCGCGAGUCGUCUCGGUCCCGGCAGCCACUGGUCGAGCGCUCUACGAGGAGCUGCACCGCGUGUACUGCAGCAAGACGGGCUUCGAGUUCGAGCACUUGACGUCCGCAGCGGAGAAGUCGUGGCUCGCCCGGGCAGCAGAGACGGUCGCCACGACCGACGUGACGCCUGCCGACUUGCGCAACGCCUACUCCAGUAUGCUGCGUGCCGACGUGUUUGAGACCUUUAUGGCCAAGAAGUUUGCGUCCUUCAAGAGGUACUCGGGCGAAGGAGCCGAGUCCAUGUUGCCGGCGGUAGAGACGGUGCUCCACGCGUGCACGACGUCGGGUGUUACGGACGUGGUGAUCGGCAUGCCGCAUCGGGGACGACUCGCUCUGCUUGUUGGGUCGCUCGAGUACCCUGCGCACAAGAUUUUCCACAAGGUGCGCGGCUACUCGGAGUUCCCCGACAGCUUUCGUGGCAUUGAUGACGUCUCGUCGCACAUUGCCACGACGGUCGACAAGACGUAUGCCGGCAAACACGUGCACGUGUCGCUCGUGCACAACCCGUCGCACCUGGAGAUCAUCAAUGCUGUGGCGGCUGGAAAAGUGCGUGCGAAGAACGAUGGCGACGCCAAUGCCAACGCGAUGGCGCUGCUGCUUCAUGGCGAUGCAGCGUUUGCUGGACAGGGGUGUGUCACGGAGGCGCUCGCGCUUUCGCAACUGCCAGACUUCCACACGGGCGGAUCAGUGCACAUUGUGGUGAACAACCAGGUGGGCUACACGACCACGUACCCCGACGGCCGCGGAACGCGGUAUGCCUCGGAUGUCGCCAAGAGCAUUGAAGCGCCAAUUUUGCACGUCAACGGCGAAAGCAUAGCAGACGUAGUCCGUGCGUGUCGUGUCGCGGUGGCGUACCGCAAUGAGUUCCACAAGGACAUUGUCAUUGACUUGAUCACCUUCCGUCGCCACGGACACAACGAAGUGGACGAGCCGCGCUUUACGCAGCCCAAGAUGUACGAGCGUGUGGACCAAACCGAGCGGUUUCCGAUUAAGUUCGCCCGCGAGCUGGAAGCAGCUGGCCUUGUCUCGCGCACGAGCUUUGAAAAGACUGUUGAGCGUCUGAACGGUCACCUGGAGAGCGAGCUCAAGCUCGUCACGGGCGAGCCCAGCUACCAGCCCACGGAGAUUGACGCAUUCAAGGGCAAAUGGUCAACUAUGGUGCAGCCAGAGCCGGAAGAUUUAUACGUCAACCCUGCGACUGGUGUCGAUAUCGACAAUCUGAUUCAGGUCGGUCUUGCGUCUGUGACAUUGCCCGAGCGUGUCCGCCCUCAUGGCCGUCUCCUGCGCACGCAUAUCAAGUCGCGUCAGAAGUCGUUGACACUAGAAGACGGCGGAUCGAAGGAAGACUUGCGCGUCGACUGGGCCACAGCUGAGGCGAUGGCCUUUGGCACCCUGAUGCAAGAUGGUCACUCGGUACGUCUCUCGGGUCAAGAUUGUCGACGCGGCACCUUCAGUCAGAGGCAUGCUUCGUUCACCGACCAGGAAACGGAGGAGCGCUACUUUCCGCUACAGCACCACUUACCCGCGAAGUCUGGUGCUGCUGGCAAGUUGUGUGUUGCGAACAGCAACUUGUCCGAGCUUGCUGUCAUGGGUUACGAGUAUGGCUACUCGGUAGAGAGCCCGACCAAUCUGGUCAUCUGGGAAGCGCAGUUCGGCGACUUUUUCAAUGGUGCGCAGAUCGUGAUCGACCAGUUCUUGUCGAGCGCAGAGUCCAAGUGGAUGCGACAGUCGGGUCUGAUGCUACUGUUGCCGCAUGGCAACGAUGGAGCUGGGCCUGACCACUCGAGCGCCCGGGUCGAGCGCUUCCUUCAGUUGGUUGACACGCCUGCACUGAUCCCGCGCUCGUCACUCCAGGACUCGGACACGGAACCUGUGUGGAAGCAGUUCCAAUACGACACCAACAUGAUUGUGGUGAACGUGACGACACCAGCCAAUUUCUUCCACCUCGUUCGUCGUCAGCAGCAGCGCUCUUUCCGCAAGCCUGUGGUCGUUAUGGGACCCAAAAUGCUGCUACGACUAGCGGACGCAACGUCGCCAUUGUCCGAAAUGGGACCAGGCACCACGUUUCAGCCAGUACUCUCGGACCCGACGAUCGCGGAUGCGACACGGGUCAAGACGGUGUAUUUCUGUUCAGGAAAGUUCUUUUACGAGCUGUCGAAGGAACGCCUCGCCCGCAGCAAGAAUCCCGAGCGUGUUGCGCUGGUCCGUAUCGAAGAGCUGGCACCGUUCCCGUUCAAGGAGGUGGCUGACGAGCUCGCAACGUUCACGAAUGCAAAGAGCUUUGUCUGGGUGCAGGAAGAACCGCUGAAUCAAGGCGCGUGGAUGUAUGCGAAAGCGCACAUCGAGAAAUUGCUGGAUCAGAAGAAACAGCACCUCGAGUACAUUGGCCGAGAAACGCUCGCUGCUCCAGCUGUUGGAUUGGCCAAGCGCUCACACGAAGAGCUGGAGAUUGUGCUGACGAAAGCGUUUGGUCCGGGAAAAUAG